GAGAGGGUUGUACAUAUUCUGUAGGGAAAGUAUCAGAACAGUCUUGUUGUCUCAUCUGGAAGAAAAAAGAAAGAUGCAGCAGUCACAUACUCGGGAUGACAAUGUCAAGUCUCUACCACCCUACUCAGUCCUGCCAGAAACCUCUUUAACAGUUGGGGAUACAACACCCCCUGUGGAGAAUAUAAAGGAUUAUUUGGUGGCAUCUAUAAUGAAUAUUCUGUGUUGCUGCCUUCCCAUUGGAGUUGCCGCUCUGGUCUACUCUAUACAGACACGAGAGGCUGUCGCCCGGCGAGACACUGCGUCGGCGAAACGCGCCUCCCAGAAUGCACUUCAUAUGAAUGUGGCCGCUUUUGCAGUUGGGAUAUUUUUUGUCACAUUAAUGAUUAUCUACUAUGUGAUCAGAUUCAAUUCAAUGAAGACGACUGAGGUUUCUCAUGAAGACUCCCCGUACCCCAGGUUGAGAGGUUAAUAACUCAAUAAGAAAUGCACUGAGAAUGACUGUGGGUCACUCCUAAUAAUAAAAUUGUCUUUCAAAUCAAAA